AUGAAGGACAAGUUCGUCGGUCCAAAAAAGGGCGAAUACGAAUACGAAGAACGCGUUCUUCGUAUUACCGUUUUGGAAGAGCUGCUGCCGAUCACAAGUCUUCGGAAGGAUAGCGACUAUGCGCAGGUCUUUGUCGACAUACUCCCAUGUCACAAAUGGCUUUACGACCAUCCCCGGAUACUUCAUCGAGAUAUUAGCAUGGCCAAUCUCAUGUAUCAGAUCAACAGCAUGGGGAAUGUCACCGGAGUCCUGAACGACUUUGAUCUUUCGUCAUUACUUCCUGUCGACAAGACCACGUCCUUCCGUCGUAUGGGUACGCCGCCUUACAUGGCUCUCGAUCUUCUUAAAGCACAGGACGAUACCCGGCCACAUCUUUAUCGACACGAUUUGGAGGCACUAUUCUGUGUCAUGUUGAUGAUAUGCUGUCGCCACUCUAUCAUCAAGGAACCCCAGCCCCGCGGCACGUCGCAAUUGGAGGAGAUCCCUACAAAAAGCUUUCCCCGCUGGUUUGACUGCGAAACGUCUUGGGAUAUGUUGAGCGUGUUCAAGAUAGCUUUCUUCAGCAGUGCAUCGCGCAUUCCUGUAUCUGAAAGCUUCGAGGCCUUCCAACCUUGCCUUGAACAGAUUCGCUAUGCGUUUUCAGAAGGGCUCUAAGCACAUGCGAGAUCGAGGGAGGAGCCUUUCUUGAGGGUGCACUCGGUACUCGAAGAUGAGUUCGAUCUCGAUGGCCCGGGUACCCGACCGUCCCCCGAGUAUGUGCCACCGCAGGCGCCAUCGCAAACACCAUUUAAUGAUGAGACCCUAGGUGGAUUUAUAUCAUAUGGGAUGUUCCUCAACAACAUGUGGAGAUUCAAAGGGAAAGCACUCACUUUGAAGAACAAGGAUAAGCCCCCGGCUGUGGUGUCCUCUAGUAGAUGAUAUCGUUAAUCCUAUCGCCGUACUUGUGACAUACGGUUCUUUUUGUAUUGGUUACGGUUCAUCAGAUAUAAGUGUGGGAUACUGAUUAUUGUAGUUAUCAUCUAGAU